UACCACAAAUUAUAUUCAUUUUUAUACAGUCGGCAGUAUAUACAUGUUGCAUGACGUUGAAAUAUUGUUUGUCUGUAUCUUGGUUCACAUGCUUAAAGUCCGACUGGUUAUACUCAAUAACAGUCUCGAUAGACUUGUCAGAGAAAAUGAAAAAAAGGAUAAUGUAUUCGCUACAACAGUUGGCCAGGACAAAAUGGAGACAAAACUGCAUGAACUUUCGCAGGUGUACGACGUUAUCGGAGAGACGAGCCGCUUGAUAAACGAUCUCUACAACUUUCAAAUCUUCAUAGCGUUAAUAAGUACUUUCGUUUACGUACUGCGUUCUUUAUGGGUGCUGUUGUAUUCGUUUAAAAAUGAGAUGAUUGUUGUCGACUUGAUAUUGUCGAUUAGUUGGAGUGGUAUCAAGUUGUUUUACUUGCUGGCGUUGUCGCUUGUAUGCGAUGGCUUGUUGGCGGUGCGGGAAGACACGAAGGUGCUGGUGAAUGAGCUGGUGAUGGACUACGAACUGCCGCCGAACGCGCGCGCGCAGGCGAAGGCGUUCACUCAGCUGAUAGACGCACGCCCGCUGAGCUUUCACGUUUACGAUAUGUUCACUGUCGAUAUCACGUUGAUGCUGAAGUUCAUAAGCGUUUCCACUACAUACUUAAUUAUCGUUAUACAAAUUUCGAAUUUCGUUUGA